UUGAGUUUGAUACGUCGACGCGAAUGGUUCUACAAACCGCUUUUGUUUCGGAUAUUUCUCGCAGUUCUCGGCGACCCAGCGCUUCCGGUUUUGGGCUUUAAACAUUUUUUCGGCGAGUGGCGUGUCCGGAAAGUUUUCCAAGCGUAUAAAGUGCAAAACAAAACUAUUUGUCAGGUCAUCAGCCAGUUCAGGCGCCACGUGUCCACCGAAGGACCCAGGACUAGCCAUAUAGUAUACAUCCAUAUCCAUUACGAUCGGAGCGAUGGCGGCCAGUGCUGGAGCGAGCAGCUGGUCGGGCAGCAGCGGGGGCAGCAACUCCUCCCAAGGACGAACCAUAGCCACCGCCCAGGCGCCACAAGAGGAGAGACUAGUGGUGGCAGUUCGAGUUAGACCCAGCAUGGAAGCCUCGGAGCGCUGCAUCGAGGUCGUGUCCGGCGGAUCCCUCCUCUACGAUGACGGCGGAAAGAGUCGUCCGCGGCAGUACUCCUACGAUCAUGUUUUUCGGGAGAACGACAGCCAGGAGCAGGUGUACAAGACCACCACGGCUCCGUUGGUGAGGGAUGUUCUGAACGGUUUAAAUGCGGCAGUGUUUGCCUAUGGAGCCACGGGUUCCGGCAAGACACACACCAUGCUGGGGCCUGUGCCGCGCAAGAAACCGCAGACUUCCGACCGUGCCCCACCCACCGCUUCCUGUGAUUCCACGGAUGUGAGCAGUCAGGACAUUGGACUAAUGGUGCGCGCCAUAGAGGAUAUUUUCAGUCACAUCGAGUCAGCGGAGGCAGAUUCCUGCCGUGUUUCCAUUUCCUACCUGGAGAUAUACAACGAGCUGAUACGGGAUCUCCUAAAUCCGGGUGGUCCUUUGGAGCUACGAGAGGAUCAUCGUGGUCAGCGCAUCACAGUGGCGGGUCUCUCGGAGAUCACCACUUCCAGCAGAAAGGAGGUUGUGAGUCUGUUGCUCAAGGGAAACAAGGCGAGGACCAUGGAGCCCACGGCCGCCAAUCAGACCUCGUCCCGGAGUCACGCCCUGCUGAGCAUCAUGGUUCAGGCCAGAACCCCUCUGGGCACCAAGCAGGGAAGGCUAUUCCUCACCGAUCUGGCUGGUUCGGAGCGGGCAAAGAAGACCAAGAAUCGAGGUAAACGACUGCAGGAGGGGGCGCACAUCAACCGCAGUUUGCUAGCCCUUGGCAACGUAAUCAAUGGAUUGUCCGGCGGAGCGAGGUAUGUCAACUACCGGGACUCGAAGCUGACCAGGCUGCUCAAGGAGGCGCUGAGUGGUCGCUGCAAGACCGUGAUGAUAGCCCAUGUUGCCCCCGAAAGCAAGCACCGGGAUGAGACGAAGAACACCCUGGUCUACGCGGAUCGGGCCAAUAGCAUCACCACCAAGCUGCAGAACUCCGUGUACAUCGAUGAGUUCAAGGACUUUCCCACCAAGCACUACCAGAGUCUCGUCUCGGAGUUACGCGAUGAGGUGUCGCGUCUGCGCACCAAGAUGCUAACCGAAAGGCCUCGAAGUGGAGCAGCUGCAGCAGCGGCCAAGGCAGCAGCCGCUGUAUCUGCAGGCGGUGCAGGAGCAGGAUCUGGAACAGGACCCGAGGCUGGCCAGGAACAGGACGAACAGCGCAAGACGGAACUGCGCUACCUGCGCGAACAGAUCGUCCUCACCUUUAAGCAGCAAAUGAAGCUGCGCCGGAAGCUCCUCGAGGCCGAGAGUCAUCUUCUGGGCCUGGAACUGGAUGCAGAGCGCCAGCACAUGAUCAUCUCCCACUGGCAAGGACGCAUAGGAAAACUAUAUGACGCCAUGGGCGAUGAUGACAUUGAAUCCGAGGGAUCGGUGGCCCUGAAGAAUGCCUGGGGAGAGCUGGCGGCCAUUGAGAAGGAGACUCGGCGCUACAAAGAAAUCCGAGAGAGAACGGAGCACGAGCUGGAGCAGUGUCGUCAGAAGGGGGUGAAACUGGAGGAUGAGCUUCCAGAGCGCAUCAGCAGCGACGAGGAGCGCGAACUUUUGGCCCUUCUGUGCAGGGUGCACGAGUUGGAGGCGGACAAGGUGUCCCUGCAGGCCGAGCGAUUGGCUCGCCAGGCGGAGCUGCGUCGCCGUGACCUCCAGUUGCUCCGGGCAGAGCGGCAGCGUCGUCUCUGCGAGGACAUCAUCAGCUCCCAGAGGCGGCUCAUCGAAGAGGGCAACGUGGACCUGCCCGACGAACUGCGUGAGCUCUACGGUCUUUACCAGCAAGAGAUCCAUGCGGGAGUGGUCACGCCAAGCACCAGUAACUAUGAGAGGAAACUUCCGCCCAUCUAUACAGCGGGAUCCGACUCACCCGGCUCCAGUUCCAGUUCGGAGUGGUCGCCAGCCUCGCCGCUGCCACACAUUGAUACUCAGAUGGAUCCCGUGGACCGGGUCAUGGGUCCGCCCGUCAAUCCGCGGCUGCCCCGACUUUCCACGGCGACUGUUCCUGCCGGAGGACCCCGGCGACCUUCGAUACGGAUGGCCAGGAACACCCAUCCACAGCCGUAGGAUUGACAACGGCUAAGGGAGAGGAAGGUGCUCAGGAAUAGUUGUUACUAAGGGUUAGGAUUACUAGGAAGGGGAUGCGAUCGUCUGCUCAAAUUUACUUAUUGUAUUAUAACUUACCAUCCCACGCACUUCAAUAUGUA